AUGGCGCACUUCGGGCGCUCCGGGCCGCCGGCGAUUCGCGACUCAUUCUCCCUCCUCGUCCUCAAUGUCUCCUUCCGCACGACGGCCAACGACCUCUUCCCGCUCUUCGACCGCUGCGGCGAUGUCGUCGACAUCCACAUCCCCCGCGACCGCAGGACUGGGGAUUCACGGGGGUUCGCGUUCGUGAGGUACAAGUACGAGGACGAGGCGCAGAGGGCCGUUGACAAGCUUGAUGGGAGGAGAGUGGAUGGGAGGGAUAUCAUGGUGCAGUUUGCCAAGUACGGCCCCAAUGCUGAAAGGAUUCAAAAGGGAAGGAUUGUGGAGGAAAUUCCGAAGCCAGGGGGUCGCCCCAGAAGCCGCAGUCCAAGACCGAGGUAUCGAGAUGAUUACCGGGACAGAGACUACAGAAGGAGAAGCCGUAGCCGAAGUGCAGAUAGAUAUGAACGGGACAGGCCCAGAGAUAAAGACUUCCGUCGCCGUAGCUUGAGUCGCAGUGUUAGCCCUGAUUAUGACAGGAGGCAUAGCAGGCGGAGCCGCUCACCUGCACGGAGAAGCCCUAGUCGUAGCAGAAGUAACUCACCUCGGGCAGCAACUCCUAGCAAGCAGGGGCAUCACCGUUCUCCACGCUCUCAAAGCCCGACCUAGCUGGAAUGGCUAUGCAUCUUGUCAUGGACAGCUUGAGGAUGAACACUUCAGAUCUUUGGUAAAACAGCUACGAUCUGUUUGCUUAGGCUAUGUGGUGACAACAGCGUAAUCCUUGGCAUUGCUGCAUUGGGCUUCCUACGCUGAUUCGUUAAACAUCUGAGCACUUCCCAAGAACUACAUUAUUUUCUGUUCGUUAUCAUCUACUUUCUUUCAUGUAUCCAUUUUAAUGCUCCUUUUCUUUGAUACUGGGUGCUUAUGAUAGAUGGUAACUUGCAUAUUUCUCGUUACAUGAUGGAGCUGGGAGGUGUUGGUUGAUAAGUGAUCCAUAUGCAAGUUGAUGACAUAAGUUCACAGUCUUGAUACUGUUUGCCUGAUGAUGAUCUUGAUGGUGGUGGUGGUGAUGAUGAUGCUGACGCUGAUAAUUUUGCUGCCUGCUUUCGUCCUUUGGUGUCUAAGCUUUGUCAAGUAAAGGUUUGGCUGGCCAAUCAUUUAUUAAUUAUUUAAACUAUCUCACAAGUCACAGCCAUCAAAUUUUGAUAAUAUUGAUAGCUUGAUGGAACUAUUGUAGGCCAUGAACUGUGUAGGAUCCAUGAUAGUUUACUGCAGCCUUACAGUCAUGACUUAGUUUGGUCCAUGUGCGCUCCCCAGAUAUGUUUUUGACUGACGCAACACUAAGUGCAAAUCUUCAGAUGUUCCAUUGCCGUUGUAGCAUCAACACCUCCUCGCUGUCUGUUGAUCUGUAGUGUCGUGGUCUAAUGAAUGGUUUGCACAUGAUGGUUUGUGCGGAACUUGAUUUUAGAUUCCAUGUGAUACGAUACAUGCAUUUUCUGAAUCUGUGAUGCUAGCGAUAUUCUGGAUUCAUGACCAUGACUUGAGCAUUUUCUGAAUCUCGAGAUGCUAGCAAUAUUCUGGAUUCAUGACCAUGCCUUGAAUAGGACGAUAGGUCUGUAAGAUUCAAGAGCAUAUAGGUUGAUUUAAAAAAAAAACUGAAAGAAUUAAUUCAUUUUGAACACGCAAAGCCCAUAUCGAGUGACCAUUCAAUUCUAUCUAUAUAUAAUUGUUGAACGAAAAUAGUCUCUGCUCAUGCGAACAGAACGCCAUGAGCUGUACCCAACAGUAAUUUCUUAGCGGUAUUUUUCUACAGUAAUUUUUAUAAAGUUCUUCAUUCAUUUUAAACAUGCAAAGUUUUAUUUGACAUAGCGUUACACUCUUAUUUGUGUGGCCAUAAUCAGAUUACAGCAACCGAAGACGUGUAUUUGCCAUAUGCUGAAUCGCUGAUGUUGCUACCAUCUUCCCUUUCAGGGGAUUAGACGUUCCGUGUGCAUAGCUAUGGGCUAUACUUAGAAAUCACACUAAUUGUAAUACGGAGUACAUGUCUAUAUGAUUUGUUGAGUAUACUAUAGUGACAUGGUUGUAUGUCCGAACCUUUUGACACCUAUGUGUAUAUGCGUGUGAAAAUUUGUGAUUAGAUAACCUUUUCAUCGAUUGCUUAUGAGAGUAUGUGUUUACCUUUUAGCUUUGGGAGUAUGAAUUGAAGAAUCCUUUCACGGGUUGGGUUUA